UCUAAAGUGAUGUUCGCAGUCGUAUUGUUUCGGUGGUUAAGCCUGGUCUCGGUCACGAUCAGUCUGCAGCUGGUUGCCGGUGCCGAUUGGAACUUUCUCAAGUGCUUCGAGACGGUCAAACGAUGUCCAAACCAGAAUGUGUCGUUUUAUCUCUACACGAGAGAAACACAAGACAACCCAACCCAGCUGGACAUGUUCAAUCCCGAGUCGAUCACAAGCGCCAACUUUAUCAGAGGACGUCCAUUGAUAGUACUGAUCCACGGAUACACUGGACACCGUGACUAUGCACCCAAUCCAACAAUCAGACCUGCGUACUUUGCCUACGAUGAGUUCAACAUCAUAUCUGUCGAUUACAAUCCGCUCGCACUGGAACCAUGUUAUCUGCAGGCGGUACGUAACCUUCCCACGGUAGCCAACUGCACCGCGCAGCUGCUCGACUUCAUCAUCGCCCACGAUAUCAUCCCGCUCGACGAUAUCCACGUGGUCGGCUUUAGCCUCGGUGGUCAAACUUCCGGUAUGAUCGCCAACUAUCUACGGGCCGGUCGGUUGAAACGCAUCACUGGGCUCGACCCCGCCAAGCCACUGUUUGUGUUUGCCACGAACGAGUACAAGCUCGACCAGUCGGACGCAGAGUUCGUGCAGGUGAUCCACACGGACGUGUUUCAGCGGGGCAUUCUGCACCCGAGCGGCCAUACGGACUUUUUCGUGAAUGGAGGCGUCGUGCAGCCGGGGUGCGAUGCAUCGACCAUGAUGACUACGGGCGAGUGCAACCACAACCGGGCGCCCGAAUACUACGCGGAGUCGAUCGCCACGGAGGUGGGAUUCUACGGGUAUCGGUGUGCUCACUGGUAUCUGUACAUGCUCGGUAUCUGCCGUGGCGGUGGCCCCGACGAACAGGUCGCUAUUAUGGGAGCGCACACUCCCAACACAACUCGGGGUCUCUACUUCCUGACCGUUAACAUGAUGCCGCCUUAUGCAAGAGGAAGAAAUUACACCUUACGAGAGGAGCUAGCGUCCAUAUCGGCUAACAUUGGAAACUAG